AACUUUAUGCUUUAUUUCGUGUGUUUCUUGAGCGAGGAGAAGCAGAAACAUGGCGGCGAUCAAGUCAUCUAUUUCAGUAGGUGUAGGAUUGCUAAUCAUACUUUGCUCUGUGCAGUAUUCGUUACAAGAUUGCGACAGGCCUACCAAUCUUGACCCAAACAUCAUAAUUGAUCCUGACCAACAAACAUACGGGACAUACUAUAGUUUUGGUACUUCCUGCAUAACUGGUUACGAUAAGACAGGACCCGACAAGUACUGGUGCUAUCCAUCCGGUGAUGGAAGCCCUGAUUACUGGGAUCGUGAUACUAGUCCUGCGACUCUGUCUUGUUCAGCGCAAGGAGAACCGUGCCCUAAACCAAAUAUUACUGACUCUGCGGUGGUGAUCACACCAGAAAAAGCCUCCUACGAUACGCACGAGACAGUCACUGCUUCCUGCUCAAGCGGAACAUUAUCAGGAGAUGGUGUUGGGGAGUGUCUGCCAGAUGGAACGUGGGAUUUCACAUCAGAGCCAUCAUGCCUAUUAACUACUCUAGGACCAUUCAGUACUGACAACUUCAAAACUGAAGAAGAGACAACUAUUGAUCCACAACCAGACCCCACCACCAUCACCCCUGCAGGAGCCAGCGUAUCUUGUGAGAGCACGACCAUGACGGUUCUCCUCGACCGAGCUCUGCUCGAGAAUAACGGUGAUGCCACUGACGUCCACUACGAAGACCAGAGCUGUGUCGGGUACGACUACACCGGAAGUCGCAUAGCCGUCACCACCAGAUAUGACGACUGUGAUACUGUGUCGGAGCAAACUGCUGAUGUCAUCAAGUACUCCAACGUCGUGACGUACUUCAAACCGACGGGUGAAAACGGAUCGCUGAUCACGCGUGAUUUCCGCCUCAAGAUCCCCGUCACUUGCGAGAUCAAACGCCGCAGUCUACUCGGUAGCUCCUUCAAGCCCAAACUCGGCAUCGUGAGCUUCAGCGAGACUGGUUACGGUAAUUUCUCGCUCACCCUCGACCGCUUCUCCGACAUCUCCUUCACCUCGCCGGCACCCGACCAAGACGCGCUGGUGUAUCUCGGGGAGACGCUGUUCUUUGGGGUGACCCUAGACGCGGUUUCUGACCUGACGUUGUUUCUUGACCGCUGCUGGGCAACGCCCGAUGUCUACCCUAUGAACCCGAUCGAAUUUACGUUCGUAAAAGAUGGAUGCGGGCUGGAUCCUACCGUAGGCUUUCAUGAUAUACAGCGUUUAAUUAAGGGAUUCUCUAUCGAUGCUUUUGCUUUCAUUGGCGAAUAUCCAGAGGUAUACCUUCAUUGUGACGUGCUUGUUUGUGAUACCGACCCUGCAUCCCGCUGCUCACAGGGUUGUGUAACCAGGGCCAAACGUAGCGCAGCCGGGCAGCCUCGGGGUUCGAGCUCCAAGCCACACACCAUCUCUAACGGACCUAUGUCUGAUCAAGCAGCUGCUGGUUCAAGCUCAAUGGACACAUCAUGGUUGGCGAACCCAGUCAACAUGAUGCUGGUGGCAGCCGCUGGUUUCUUCAUCACCGUGGUUGCUAUGGUAACGGUGAAAAAGUUGAGAUCACGUACUAAAGUCUCCAAAGGAUACAGCCGUCUGCAGACUGAGGGUGAAAUCGAAGCUUAGAACUAGGAGAAGAAAGAAGAACGUGGAGAAGGGGGAGGAGGAGAUGAAAGAAGAAAAAAGAGAGGAGAUGAUGAAUGAUGAUAAAGAUGAAGAAGAAGACGAAUGAGACAUAAAGUUUGUGACGACACAAGCUUUUCUGGUCAUUUAUUCAAUAUCUCGCAAAUGGCAUAUAUCUCGAAUAUAUCAUGCAUAUCAUUAUAGAGUAAUAUGGAAUUUAUAAUUCGUUUGUUGAAAGAAAUAUAUGAUCAUGAUUAUAUACAUAAUUAUUUCGAAAAUAAAAAAGAGACGUUCGUUUUCAGUUAACCUCUAGCUUUUUAUAAAGACAACUUUUAUGAGUACGUCGAUGAUAGUGACACUUCUGGCUAUGAAAUUAUUACAAACGAUUGUUAAUGCUUAAGUUGAUACACCUCCUGCAAGAAGGUGGAAACAUAUAACUGAAAAUUAAACUCGGUAAAAUGUGUUGAUGUUUAUACUGUUCUCUAAUGCGCUCCAGAUGAAGUUCAAGAAAAAGCCGAUCGAGCAAUAUAUUUUUUGCAUUUAUUGUAGGCCUACUUCUCAUUUUUGAUUUAUUCUAAUUUUUGGUAUACUGUACAGUAAUGUAUUAAAAUGAUUUUGAAUCUCUUUAUCCUAUCCUACCACUAUGUAUCCCUUCUUCUUUCCCAUACUUUUCCCCAUAUUCUCUCUCUCUCUCUCUCUCUCUCUCUCUCUCUCGUUCUCUGUCUUUCUCUAGCUACUUCUUAUUCCCUGUGAAAUGAAUUCCUAUGUGAAAAAUAUCUCACUGGAAAAUAAAUUCUAUCCGAAUUGAUGAUUAAA